AUGACAUUCCGUACCCCAACCAACGUGAUAGAUCGUCGUCAACUCACCUACACUACUUCUACUGCAAUUGGACGCUUCAAUGGCAAGAAGAAACGGCUUCGAUCGAUCAACGACAUUAUGCAUCAAGUGAUCCAGCGUCAUAAGAAGGUCAACUUGCUGAAUACGUUGUAUGCUACAUGUGCAGUACCUGGGCAACGAGAUACCGUUGAGCGCAUGGCAUCAUCGCACAAGGCAGUAUGCGCUUUCAUCAUCAAACAACUACAACAAGUAUUCCCUCCUGAAUUCUGGGGCUCUCGUCAUAACUAUGCGGUGAUCCUGGAAGGCAUUCGAAAACUGGUGAUGAUGCGUAAACGAGAAACGGUCCGCGUUCCAUAUCUUUUACGUGGUUUCAAGGUGAGCCAAUGCACAUGGCUCGGCUCCAGCUCCUCUGGGAUUGUUCCUUCCGACAUGAAAGUGCGUAUCAACAUUCUAUCACAGGUGAUGCACUGGUUUUAUCAAAGCUAUCUUAUCCCCUUGAUGCGUUCAUGUUUUCAUAUCACGGAGGGCUCAUCACAAGGGAACAAGCUAUUCUAUUUUCGACGCGACGUAUGGGAUCAAAUGUCACAUUCGUUCUUUAAUCAGCUUUCGUUCCGCUUUGAACCUGUGGAUAAGGUGCAUACGUCCGAGCGUCAUCUGGGUGCGUCACCGCUAAAGUUAAUUCCUAAGGGGGAUACCUUUCGGACGAUUACCAAUAUGAAGAAUGCGGUCUUGCCGAGUUCAGGUGCACGAAAGGACAACAACCACCAUCUCAGGAUCAUUUUGACAGUUCUUCAAUUCGAAAAGACCCAAAACCCAGGGAUACUUGGAAGUACGGUGAUCAGUCCAAAAGAUCUUUGGGAGCGGCUGACAACAUAUAAACGUCGAAUGAAGGAUCGAACAAGCUCGUACCACUUCUUCAAGGCUGAUAUCAAGCGCUGCUUUGAUAGCAUUGAACAAGAUCGACUGCUACUGAUUUUGGAGGAUUUGCUUCAAGACAAACGAUACGCCAUCAGAUGGAAGGACAAGGAAACCAAGGGUACAUUGGCACGGGGCCUUCCACUCAUUGUCUAUUUUGACGACUGGAGUCGCAUGUCGAAAAGUGAUAAGACACAAUAUUGGACUUACUCAGGCGACAACCUAUUAUCAUUGUUGAAGGAGCAUAUAAAAGCAAAUACCAUCAAGUAUCGAAGCAAAUUUUAUCGACAAAAAAUUGGUAUACCCCAAGGAUCAUGUUUAUCCUCGCUCCUCUGCAGCUAUUUUUACGCAUGUAUGGAACGGCAAUACCUGUCAUUUAUCCAAUCCGAUCGUGAAGCUCUUCUACUGCGAUAUGUGGACGACUUUUUGCUGAUCACUCCAAAUCAAGAGACUAUAAAUGCAUUUGCAACCUUUGUAUUGAAUGGUGCCAAGGACUUUGGUUGUGAAUUCAACGCGCAAAAAUCAAUGUCGACGAUGAGGAUCGAAGCCAAUGAUUCCAUUACUGUAUGUACAACACCAGAAUUUCCUUGGUGCGGCUAUUUAUUCCAUAAAGAGACGCUGGAUGUCUUCUCUGACUAUACCCGAUAUUCAAACACUGGCAUGAACGACUUGCUCACAGUGAACUAUACCCCAACAGCCUCCGAUCUUAUACACAAAGCUACUCAGGCGAUAAAAUUGAAGCAACAAUUGAUAUUGACGGAUCCAUCAUACAACUGCACCAACACGUUGUAUCGCAACGCCUAUGAAAGAUAUCUUCUUGCUGCCGUGAAACUUAGCGUUUAUUGCAAAGAGCUUUGGAUUGCAGAUGGAAAGAGGCCAUUACCCCCGAUGUACCUUUACGAUGUUGCCAAGCAGAUCUACGAGCGAACCUAUGAUGCCUCGAAAUCGGUGGAUAGGGACAUGGAGCGUGGCCUCUUCAUCCGUGCCUUCAUAACGGUUUUUCAACGAUGCCCACAAUUAUUCUCUGGUGUGAUUGAUCUACUUCAUGAUGCUCUUCUCGAGAUUAAAAAUCGACAUCACAUAUCCCGUAUGAUUUCAUCUUGGCCGGAGACGGGUCUCUGA